AUGGAGACCGGGCCUGUUAUUGACAUGCCGGUUUACGCCGGGUGUCGUCCAGCUACAAUGACAUCACCGCAAGACGCUUUAAAUCGGGAUUUCAUUGGCUGGGUGUGGUAUGAGAAGGACGUAUGGGGUGCCGGGCGCCAGCUGGAUCCAGGACUUAGGAACCGUCUCUCAGCUGUCAACAACACUUUAACUCUUGAGGCGCUUCCACCGGGAACCAUCCAGUACAUGACCGAUCGCAGCAGAUACCCCGCUGGCUACUUCGUUCAGAACACUAACUUUGAUUUCUUCAACUACGCUGGAAUACACCGACCAGUCCUGCUCUACACCACACCGAAGACGCACAUUGAUGACAUCACAGUGGAGACCACGUUCUCUGAUAACAUCGGUGAGCACCCACGAAAUGUGUCACUAUGCACCUUACUUUUAACAAAACAGCAGGCUUGGACAAUUAUUCAGGCGUACAGCGAAGACAGGGACAGACUGUGCAUCGUUUACCCUCUUCAUGUGGGAAUUGGUCCCGUUAAAUGUCACCAGCACACCUCAGGUUUCUCUUCCUCCCCAUCCAAACAAACGCCGACCGUUCGUCUUCAAAUCGGGGUCAACAAAACACGAGGGACCGCAGACACCCCGCGGUUUGUGUCGCAGAUCCGAGGGAAAGGCUUCGACUGGCCUGUGGUGGUGAAGGACUUUAACCUGAUGAAGUGGAUGGGAGCGAACUCGUUCCGCACCAGUCACUAUCCCUACGCCGAGGAGAUCCUGCAGAUGGCCGACCGGCACGGCAUCGUCAUCAUAGACGAGUGUCCUGGAGUGGGAAUCAAAGACAUACGCAGUUUCGGGAACGUUUCUCUGGCUCAUCACCUGACCGUCAUGGAGGAGCUGGUCCGGCGUGAUAAAAACCACCCGUCUGUGGUCAUGUGGUCUGUGGCCAAUGAGCCGGCGUCAGAAAUGCCGCCCGCCGGAUUCUACUUCAAGGAACUGGUGUCUCAUACGAGAUCUCUGGAUUCCUCUCGGCCGGUCACAUACAUCACAGCCAGCAACUAUGCCAGAGAUCUAGGGGCUCCGUACGUGGACGUUAUCUGCGUGAACAGCUAUUUCUCGUGGUAUCAAGACCCGGGUCACACAGAGCUCAUCGGUCUUCAGCUCAACACCCAGUUUGAUAACUGGUACGGCAAAUACCAGAAACCCAUCAUCCAGAGCGAGUACGGAGCGGACGCCGUGCCCGGCUUACACAGCGAUCCACCCAUGAUGUUCACAGAGGAGUAUCAAAAGACGGUCCUGCAGAACUACCACAACGUGUUCGACCAGAAGAGGAAGGAGUUUGUGAUUGGAGAACUGAUCUGGAACUUUGCCGACUUCAUGACGUCUCAAAGUAUCAUUCGAGUGGUGGGGAAUAAGAAGGGAAUCUUUACUCGGCAGCGGCAGCCCAAAGCCGGAGCGUUUCUUCUGCGAGAGCGAUACUGGAGGAUCGCCAAUGAGACAGGUGUGCUGCCCACCUGGGCCAGGUAUCCCUGCCUGUGAGCCGGAUUAGCUGCUUCCUGUGAGGACAGAUCAGGUCAGAAUGGACUGUUUAUCAAGUGGAAGUGCCUUAUACACCUGUGGGAGAAACACAGAUCUGCUCUUAACGCUGUGAUUGUGUGAGGAAUCCAUGCACUGUGUGUUCUUCGUAAAGACACUAUAUUUUUUAGAUCGGUUUGAUUGCAGAAGUCCAUGUUUUGUAUUGCUUUUAAAUCACAGUAACACUAUUAAACUGGAACAGGAAUAUCCUCUGAGAUUUAUAUUGUGAAUGAAUGUUUGUGAAGAUAUUGUGAAUCUGCAUGAAACCUGUCAAGAGCGUGUCCCGCUCAUCUUUCACCUCAAAAGAAAUAAACAGAUGAUAAUUCUGAUUUAAAGAAAAAUGUAGGACCAGCAGCUGCAUUAUUACAGUAAUCAUAUCUGAGAAUCUAAAUUACUGUAAUGCAAGAACACUCUAUUUAAAUUGUAGAGGAUUUACAUAUCUUGGUCAUUUUCUGUUGUACUUCCUUAAUAUAACAGUAAUUACAUGACAGUAAUCAUAUCUAAUGAGAAUCUAAUAAGGAUAACUGACAUAAUUAUAUUAUUUGAAUAUUCUUAUAUUAUAGUGAUAUUUGUUGUAUUGGCUUCAUGCAGAUUUAUAUUUUAAAAAUAGCUGCAUUACAGUAAUCUAAUGAGAAUCUAAUAAGGAAUCAAUCAAUGAGAAUUGCAAAAAAAAUUCAUAUUUAAUACAAGAAUUUGAGGGAAAACAAUUUUAUUAUUCAAACUGUAAAUUAUUGGUAAUAUUUGUUAUAUACUACCUUAAUGCAGAAAAAAUUGCAUUACAAUAAUAAAAAAACAUCUAAGGAGAAUCUAAUAAGGAUCAUCAUUGAGAAUAAUGAUGGAAAAACAUACAGAUUUAACACAAGAAUUUGAGGUCAAAAUAAAUAUCAUUUUAGUUUUUUUAGUUUUUUUUUUUUUUGAGGUGACGUGAUCCGAACGUGUUUUCGUGAGAUUCAACCAAUCAGGUUUCUGCUCAUCCCCACGUUACCCAUCAGGCCACUGUGUAUUUCACUGGCAGUACUUUAUUAAACAAUCAUUUUUCUAUUAAUUUUAAUAAUCUUGUAAUAAUUUUAUGACAAAAAUAUCUCUCAUUUUAGUUUCAUCUCAGUUGGUGUGUUGAUUUUUGUAUGAUAGCAGAGUGUACUUUACUUUUAAUGACGUCAUAAUAAGCAACUGAAUGAAUCCUUUGUGUUUGUGGGCAUUCCAGACAUUCCUCAGUGAUGUCAUCGAAAUAAACGACAUUCCACAACAUCA